GCGACUCACGCUGUGCAGUAGUCAGUUAUAGAAAUAUAUUCAAGAUGAAGUCGAGUUUGUCUCUGAGCCUGCUGCUCGGUCUGGCUUUAAGCCAAGUUGGUGCUAGUUGUCCGGAAAGCUGUCCCGAUACGGAGGAUGUCGUGUGGGCUCUUGGAGGCGGAUGCAAUGUUUUCCGCAACAAAUGUUACUUCGACAAGGCUAACUGUCAACCAAACUAUGAGUUGACCAUCACCACUAAGGAGGAGUGCCAAAAACAAUGCGCCGAUAUUUGUGGUGCAGUUUACCAGCCCACAGGUGGAAUUUAUAAGGGUCAGCUGCGAAAAUUCAGCAAUGAGUGCGAGAAGCUUGUUCACACCUGUCGGACUGGCGAAACCUUUUUGUAGGGAUAUAUAGUUAUUAAAUGAACGUCCUCAACUAAGAACUCAAAUAAAAAGUAGAAUUUAAGCGCGAGUUGCGAGAUUUGCGCUUGCUGUACUCCGAUGAAAAUUAAACAUUUUUGAAAUACCA